AUGUCGGAAUCCCGAUCGUACAUGUAUGCAUAUGGAGGUCCUCUGGCCAGAGUACAUGUAGGUCGUAGCAAACGAAGGCAAGAGGAGAGCAACACGGAUGCUGGUAGUAUUUUGAUGGAUUACAGCAAUGACAACAUGGAGAAUUCGUAUUUGAUGGAUGUGGUGGGGGAAGACUCUGGCGACACAAUUUUGGGAGGGCUGUCUACUUCCUUGUUGUCUUCGGAAAGUCAUUUGGAUCUCCAUGUACUGGGAAGCAAGCUCUCGUCUCAAGAAAAAAUCAUCCAAACUCCGGCCAAACAAACACAAACACAAACACCCACUUCCAUCAUUACCAGCAACCUGCUCUCCCCCUUUUCUCCAUUGCUUCAACCGCACACACGCUCACAAACACAAUCACAAUCAAACAACAACAAUGGCAGAGACUUUGUUUCUUGGCAACCACCAGACUCGUUCAGGGAAGGAGACUUGUCACUGCAACCGUGUCGAAAAGUGUCCGUGGUUGUUCAUGUAUCGUACCAAUCAAACAAAUGCUCUCCAGAUCCUACAUGUACUACCAAAUCUCCACAGCUCUGCCUAUUUCCUCUCGUGCACAAUGAUGAUAACCACGUACUGUCACAUGACAACAAUUCAAGCAACAACAACAACAACAACACGCUAUCACCCACAUCGGCGACCUUGAAUGCUGCCGUCGGAGCACGGGAUCUCAUUGUCGUUAAUCCCUCGGCUUUUGGAAAAUUCAUUCCUUCAGAAAUCACAAUGGAAACUGCUCGUCUUGUGGCACAGGUGGCCAACAUUGAGUCGGAAGAUUGGGCGAGAACAUACAAAUUCCAACAUGUCAUUUGGCCAGAUCAACAGGUUAGAUCCUUUCAUCACAUGGCACAAGCCAUGGCCAAUGAUAUACUACUGUUCUCCAAAAAUAACAACAACAACAACAACAACAACUCAAAGACACAACAACAACAAAAACAACCACAACCAAAAAGUGCCACAAAGAGCAACGAACACAACAACCCAAUGACGCCGUCGACCAGCAGAAUUGUCAUUGCCACUGGAUCCAGCAGUGACAAGACCAGCGUCAUCUUUGGAAGAGCCAAGACUCUGAAAACAAACGGCAACACUACCAAGCAGUCAGCAGCAGCAGCAACACAAUCAAACACAAACACAAAAACAAAAUCUUCUUCUAUGAAUAGCAAGCGAGAACGCUUGGAAGAGUACGGAGUGCUGGGCGUCACGUUCGACUAUCUACUCCAAAAUAUGCCACAGUAUGCGGUAUGCGCGCUCUCCGUAUACGAAAUUGUCCAAGAAGACCAAAUACACGAUUUACUGCUGGUGUCCCCGAAAACAACAGCAACAACAGCAACAGCAAACAAAAACAAUGUCACUACGAGACAGCGAACGCCCAACUCGGUGCAAAUACGACAACCCAGGGAUGGAAAAGGUGCAGUCGUAGAAGGAUUGACAGAGUUUCCAGUUGAUUCCUUGGAAAGUCUGAGAGAUUGUUUGGAGCCCAUAUUAGUGGCGGCGGCCAAAAAAGGUCAGGUCAACAACAACAACAACCGAAAAAGGACGCCCACAUGUUAUCAGGGCGGGCAUAUUGUAGCUUCUCUCAAGCUAUGGCAGAGUGCGGUCCAGCAUGAUCUCAAUCGACAAACGAAAUGUGCCAUCUUGACAUUUGUUGAUCUUGCUAGCGCCAAUACCACCACUGCCUUGUCAUCGAUGCCGCAAGUGCCGAUUGAAUUGUCCAAAUCAGAUGACCGCAUGUCCCCUGGGCGAAACAGCAGCACUGCUGCUGACAUGCGACGAGGAACCGCGACAACCCGCCAGUCUGCCUUUUUGAGAACAUCCGUGUCCAGCUUGGGUGGUGUGCUCAAGGGGGCAGUUAUGAAAGAAGCAGGGACUGAUACCGUCAUCCCAUAUCGGAAUAGCACCCUCACCAAAGUGUUGCAACGAUCUCUCGAUCACCCCGACUGUCGUGUUGUGGUGCUCGCAAGUUUGUCGCCUCUCAGCGAUGCAUAUGAUGGAACGCUCAGUACCUUGCGGUACGUCGAACGGCUUCUCGUCAGAACAGGACUGCCAAAAAGCCCGUUUGAGAAAAGGCCGAUAAAGUUGCCAGGCUCGAUGCAACCAUCGCCUCAAACGGACACGUCGUUAUCGACAUCUUCCCCGACGAUGCCAACAACACCCCCACAACCCCAAGCAUUGAUGGAGCAGUUUGCGGGGAAAGAAUCCAUCUUGGAAAGCGUCGUCUCAGAUCCUCGUCAACGGCUCGCCAGGUUCUACAGGUCACAACAGCUUGCCAAAGAUAGUCCAACAGGCAGCGCUGCAGAAAGCAGCGAGGGUGUCUGGUGGAACGGCCCUCACUUGGGACAAUCACCAAAAACGGGCUAUAUGGAAGUUGAUCCUGGAACUAUCCACAAGGAAGAGGCAUCCGAAAAGGCCAAGUCGAACGGCGCUAGUGCUGAGCCAGCCACACAGAAAGAAAUCGAGCAAGACAACAUGGAUCCACUGGAGGAAGAGCGACGGAAGCAGUCGACUUCGCUGGCUGAGUACAUCAUGCCACCGGUGUCUCCAGUGGUCAAUGAUGAUGAUCGCGAUCAACGUUCUGAGAGCAGUUUUGAGUCCAUCCAAAAGCAGGAGCUUCCCAAAAUGGAAGUAGCAAGGUCUUUCGAGUCUGACCCCAGCUAUCUGCAUUACCGACCUCCUGCUCCAUCCAAUGGCGACAUAGUUGUGCAGCUGGCCAAGGAAAAAUUGCGGCACAUCCCACAAGAUCCACCGCAACAAGAAAGUCCGGCCAGACAGGACAAUCAGCAUCUUGACAACGACAACUCGCCAGGAAGUCCCCUUGAUGGAGACUCAUAUGGAGCAUUCAACGGUCAAAGGACGCCGAGUAGGUUGCUGGAAUCAACGAGAGAGAGUUCUCCAAUUCAUGACUCGUCGCCUGGCACCACGAGCCACCAAGAUUCCAGCUUGCCACCAGAACCUGUUGGCAUGUACCAAGACCCAACGAGUGGUCGAACGUCCACUGGUUUUUUCCGUGAAAUGGCAACUCUGGAGAGCUCCGUAGAUGCUAUGAAAAGUGCGAAUCAUGGCAUCUGGCAAGCAAGUGCUUCGUCCAUCCGACAACUCAAGGACAUCCAACUGGCACAGCAAUCCACGCUUAAUGACUUGAUUGCACAGCGAGAUCAUGCCAUGGAUAUGGCACGCAAAAGCCAGGAGGAAUACUCCAAACUGUCGCUGCAGAUUGGCGACCUGUUAAAGGAGAAGGAUUCGGAAAUCAUUGCUCUGAAGGAUGUUGUUGACAAGGCGCAGGCUGACCGAUCUGAUGUCGAGAAGAUCGCAGAGGAAGCCAUCGCAGCCCAGGAUACUCUUGAACGUGCAGUGUCGGAAUUGGAGAAGAAGCUCAUUGCAAACAGGUCAACUUCCCAGGGAGCGCAAGAAGAACUACAAAGAGUUGCGCAGGCGAAAGAGCAGGUUGCAGAAGAGUUGUUCAAUGUCAGGAACGAGCUAUUUGCCUGCAAGUCAACUCUCAACGACAGAGAUAUCACUGCGAAAGAGCUGGAAUUCAAACUAAAGAGUCUAGAGGAGGAGUUGCAGCAACUUGCGCAGCAGCAAGCCGACAGCGAGAAUUCCACGAAGCUCCUCCAAGAUGAGCUCCUGGGGGUCAACGAAACUCACCAGAACGAGAAAAAUGAGUGGAAGAAAGUCGUCUCCGGACUGAAGAAGGAGAACAAGGCAUUGUGUUCAAAGCUGAACAGUCGGGAAUCAGAAGUAUCAAAUCAGCUUGGAAAGGCGGACGAGGAGCUGAAGCGUUGCCAAGGGGAACUUGCGGAGGCAAGACGAGACCUGGAGAUGCACCUGCAACAGGAUCAAAUCGUGUCGAAAAGUAUGCAAUCGGAACGAGCAACUUUUCGUCACGAGAUCUCUCAACUCAAAAAUGCCGUGAAAGCUCGCAGCAGCGAACGUGACGAAGCCAUCAAACAGCUUGAAGCAACACGAAGAAAGUACGAUGACGCCACCACAGAACAUGACCGCACCAGAGACGAUCUGGUCCAACGAGUAGCCGACGUCGAGGAGUUGUCGGCGAGCUUGCAACUGGCACUUGAAGAACAAGAGAAUCUGCGAGACGACCUCUACCGAAAAGAAAGAGCCCAGGAAGACGAGAAAAUCGAGAUGAAGCAUCGUGUCCAGCGGGCAUCGAAGUAUCGCGACGAAGCGGCUGCGAUGUUGGACAAGACAGUGGUCGAGAAUCGCACGCUUGUGAAAACCAACGAAAAGUUGCAGGCAGCUGUGGAAAAACUCAAAGUAGAGCGCGACGAAGCCGUCCGCGACCUGGCGAAUGUUCAGAGCUCUGUGGAAAGCCUCGAAGAAAUGAGCAAGAGAGGCGAAAGUGCUCAUUUCCGAUUGAAGCACGAACGAGACUCCUUAAAGAAUGAAAGAGACAAGCUAAGAGAGCUCCUGAGGGGCGUACAUCAUGACCACAGCGAGGUACUAAAUAUGCGCACGAAGGAACAGGAAGCCCUGUCUGCGCUCCGACUAGAGAACGACGCCUUGCUCCGCAAGCAAGGCCGGGGCGGCGGCAGUCUACGACGAGAACGAGAUUCUUUGAAAGGAGAGCGCGACAGGCUGCAAGAAAGGCUACGUGAAGUCAUGGCCGAGUCCUCAAAUACUUCACAGGCCUUGGUGUCAGCCAGAGCUGAAAUCGAACGAUUGAAGACUGAGAAGAACAUGGCUCGUCGCACCACCACCACCACCACCGAAAGAAGGCGCCGCGAAGAGAUUGAUCGUUACAGCACGCCCCUGCAUACCCGCACGGAACGUGAGUUCAUUGGAUCCAUCGAUGUUCCACCAACCGAUCCAAAAACUCCCCACCUGGCGCGACAAAGGAGCAACGUAAAUGAUGCGGAGCCCGAUGGCUCACUUGGAGCAGAAUCUCUUCGUCAUCCGAUGGCUCGGAUGGAUGGGUUUGCAGGCCCAUUGCCUACCGGCAGGCCUGUGAAUAGAAACGACAUGAUGUCGAGUCCACCGCGCAACCGGAAUAGCCAAAGUAGGGAAGUAGCUGACUCAGGUGCUUCCGCCACCACAGCGAGACGACUGCCCGUCAUGCCAAUACCGAAUGACUUCUUGUCAGGCACAGUGGCCAACAUGAAUCGGUAUCCGGAAUACUAUCUCUCAGACGAAGACGACAAGGAGCUUCUGAUCGCUGCAUUGAAAAGCAAAGUGAAACUUCUUGAGCGGGCUUUCAUGGUGGGGCAUGAGAGUCCGAAUUGGCAGCCAUGA